CCCACGAGCGAGUGAUUGGCCAGGACCGAGUUGCUCAUACCGCCACCAUGGCGAGAUGUCGUCCUAGAUGUGAGCAUAUAAGCCCCGGUCAACCUCCUGUUUGAUAAUACCUCUCAUUCAGCGCACAGACUACACGUGCAUCUAACCUACCUCCGUCAUCAUGGGUACGAUAAGGUGGCUGGUUGCCUUAGCGACUUGGAUCUUACUGGUUUGCGAGCCGUCAUGUGUACACGGUGUUAGUUGUUGGGCCGAACACGACAGCACCAGCGCGACGUGCGGCUUGCUGGUCGCCGAGAACGUGACGGUGGAGGAAUGCUGCAGGAAUAUCGGCGAGAGUGUGUCCUGGUCCACGGUAGAUGACAUAUCCCCGGAGGCGAUGCUUAGAUAUCAGACAAUUUUCGGUGGAGUCCCGGAAUGCCACCUUUGUGAAAUUGUUAGUUGUUGGGCCAAACGCGAAGAAGGCAGUGCGACGUGUGGCCUGCUGGUCGCUGAGCACGUGACGAAGGAAGAAUGCUGCAAAAAUAACGGAGAGAGUAUCUCCUGGUCUACAAUAGUCGACAUAUCCCCGGGAGAGAUGUUCAGAUACGAGACCAUCUACGGUGGAGUCCCGGACUGCCACCUUUGUGAAAAAACGUGCGACCAGACGAUAUGCCCAGACGGCCGGAAGUGCGUCAUGAAGAGCGGUCGGCCUCGCUGCGUAUGCAAGCCCGACUGCACACACAACAGCACUUCGCGUAGGGGCUCCGUGUGCGCCACCAACGGCAGGCAGUACAAGAGCAUGUGCGCACUGCUCAAGAUGAAAUGCCGCCAGGAGGAUCAUCACUAUGAGUUGGACGUGGCGUACUACGGGCCAUGCCAGAACUCAUGCGACAGCGUCCAAUGUAUCGGCAACAAGUGUUGCGUGGAGGACCAGCACGGCCGGCCGCACUGCGUGUCCUACAGCGCUAUCAGCUGCCCCGGACCAUUCCGAGAUGAGUUCGUGUGCGGUGCUGAUGGCGUGACCUACGAGACGCUAUGCCAGCUACGCAGGACCUCGUGCUCUAGAGGCAACAUCAUCCCAGUGGCAUAUGAGGGUAAAUGUGAAGGUUUAGCCUCCUGCAACGACACGAGGUGCGUCAAGAACAAGCAGUGUUUCUGGGACAAGCCGGCCAACACCUCCCGGUGCAUCCUGUGCAACUACACCUGCAGUGGCUGGGCCGACGAGGUGGCCGUGUGCGCCUCGGACGGCCUGACCUACCAGAGCUGGUGUGCGAUGCAGGAACACAUAUGCCAGACGGGGAUAUACGUGGAGCUCGUCAGCUGGGGAACCUGUGACCCAGAUGGCAACAAUGGCAUCGAACCUGGGUCCGGGGACUACCGAGGCUACGACCUGAUAUACUUCACCCCGAGCAGUAGGCAGGUUCUGUCCGAGCUCCGCUCCAACAUGUACCGCAGCCAUGAGCGCGACAGCGGUAAUGCCACUACGACCGAAGUGGUGCCGACCACCACGCAGUACGGGACUGGCGGUGCAGACGCCCCCGCCCAGCCUGUCACAGGGGUUGCUAGUUUCCUACAAGGGUUGAUCAACAAAGGUGUGCCGAAUCCAAGUGGCGAAGAAGAUGAUCAAAACUAGACACUGUCUCUUGCUGUGUCUGUGGGUUCUAGAACUUCGCAGGGACAAACAUAAAGUCUGACGAUAUAGGCUUUAGCAUCAAGACUAUUGACUUCAGUCUCCGCAGGGCUGAUGGCCAGUGGAUCAAGACAAGUAUAGAUACUCGCUUAUGAAAAAUCCCAUCUCCACCAGUUUCCUACCUCUAUAUUAUAAAAUCAUUGCCCGCGCCAGAACCUAGCUAGCUCCUAAAAUUGGAAAUCGCUGCACUUUCCUAUUGGCCACUUCAUAAAUUUACGCACGAGUAUUUGAUUAAAUAGCAUCUUAAUCUCAACAAAAGAAAAUCUGCAGACCAGAUCUGGAAAGGGUUCCUAUACCGUGUAAAGGGUUCCUACGUGUUUCCGCGCUCCACUGUACCGAGAUAGUCCAACAGGGCGUCGUGUACAGUAUACGAGCAUAAGCAGAAACAGAAGAAGCAGAAGAAACCGUACCCUGAGCCCAUCGACAUAGGCUAACUGUAUGAUCCCGCAAGUAUUGUUCGGUGAUCAAUCCAGAUCGGCCCUAAAUUUCCAUUCAAAAGCUUCCGUCAGCCAAGAAAAAAAAUUCAUUCGUUUUACAGACGUUAGCAAAAGUAUUGUCUGAGGACAAGCGUCAGGCCCAUUAUUAGUGUCUUUUGCUCAAUGCGGAAAAAAACAAGAUUGAUUAAUAAGUUAAUAUGAGUCUGCCUAAAACCUUUUCAACCUCCAUCUCAAAUACUAAUUUGCGUGCCCAGAGAUCGCACUAAAGACCGCAAGAGCUCAUGGAUCUCAUAAGGCGCAUGCACACUGGGUUGUGAUCAAAUGCAGAAUGCGAUACUCACAGAACGCCCAAUUUGACUUGAUUUUCAUGAGUAACCCAAUCGCAGGCUAAGCUCGCUUGCGCAUUCCCUAUUUAAAUGACGUGAUAUCUUGUGGCAAAGUUAGGGCGCCCUCUGCGUCAAUGUAGAUAAUGUCUCAACUAUUGCAUAACUAUAUCAGUAUUUAUAAGCAAUGAGUUAUGAGGAUUUAUUUAGAUUUUUGAAUGUAAGAUUGACGACUCUGCAGAGUACAAUUUAAUAUAUUGGUAAGCAGAAGACAUAGUUUUUACUCGGUACCUAGGCUAGCAAUUCUGGCUAGAAAGCGUCAGAGAUAUAUUAGACUUUUAGCAGCUGUAAAGACAUAAGCGUACGUGCUUAAUGUGCCGCCCUUGUAAUAUAUGUUUUCCCGGCUAUUUUAAAAUGUGUAUCAUUCAAGUUCACCAAUUCUAAUAUUCAAAUUCGUCCAGUAAAACGUACUAGUGCACUUCCAAUGUUAAUUUUUCCUUUAUCAUAUAAUGUCAAUUUUAGUUGAAGCAAAUUCAAACCAUGAGCACAUUAUUCGUCAAGGAGUAUUCAUUUUCGUCUCGUCUACGCCGAACCGUGUUAUUAUUCAGAAAGCGAAUUCGUCCAGAUUAAGUUACUUAACAGAAGUAGUGAUUGAUAUAGACGAGGUCGACUCUGAAUGCUGCCAUUCGGCAACAGCUGAAAUGACUCAAUUCAAUCUGUAAUUACGAAUAUUCUUAACAAAGAAGGCCUACUCUGGUUGACUAAACUUUGGAAUGAUAAAUGACUGAAUUGAUUUCGCCCAAAGCAUCUGAAAAUCCUUGGGACAACUUGGAAUAUAAGAAUCGGUGAAUUGGAAUGGAAACAGUCUUGAAAUGGCCCGGAGAAACAUGCGAUCGAGUGAAAGAUCAGACAAAAAACAGCGUUUGACAAACCAAACGAUAUGAAGAAAAGAUGUAUCGAGAUCCGGUCACAAUAGUCAUAAGUUUUCCCGGAUAUUUUGAAACAUUUAUCAUUCGUACUCACCGAUUAUUAUUCAAAUUAAUCCAUCAGCAUGAUUUAGUGCACUUCCAAUGUUUAAUUUCGUCUUUUGUCUGACAAUUUCAAAUUCAAGUCAAGCAAAUUCAAACAACGAGCACACGCUUUCGUCCCGAGUACUCGAUUUCGUCUCGUCUACACCAAACCUUGUUAUUCAGAAAUUAAAUUCGUCUUAUUGAUUUAUUUAAUUAAGACGAUCUCUGAAUGCUGCCAUUCAACAAAUGCCUAGACGAAUUUGAUCGGUAAUGACGAAUAUUCUCGACCCGGUGACUAAAGAGGAUGACCAAACUUUAAAAUUGAAUGGUAACUGACUACAUUGGUUUUGUUCAAAGCGUGUGGAAAUUUUCUAGGACGAAAUUGAAUGUUAGAGUUGGUGAGUUUGAAUGAACAAAGUGUUUCAAAAUGGCCGGGGAAACCCAUUAUAUAAACUGCUCUCUUUGUGUCGGUUAACUGUUGUUUGUAUAGUACUUUUAAUCAUUCUACAAUGUGUACAAUGCUUAUUGAAUGAAA